GGAAGCGCGGGGCGGGCUGGACAAUGAGAGUGUCCGCCGCCUGAGCCAAUAAAGCUGCGCUGGUUUUGAAUCGCGGCGCGUUUCCCGCCGCCGGGGUCAGGGGUCGGGGUUCGGGUCGCGGGGCGGAGGGAAGAGAAGAGAAGAGCGAUCGGCUGGGCGGGAGGCGCCGGCGCCAGAGCGGACGGGGAGUUAAAAAAAAGAAAAAGAGAUCUCCGACACGAGCAGCCGCCCAGAGGCCGCGGAGUCCGCGACGCCCGAGCCGCCGCGCCCCCAUGGCGGCCACCAAGGACACUCACGAGGACCACGACACCUCCACGGAAAACGCCGACGAGUCCAACCACGACCCCCAGUUUGAACCCAUAGUGUCUCUUCCCGAGCAAGAGAUCAAAACACUGGAAGAAGAUGAAGAGGAACUUUUCAAAAUGCGGGCCAAGCUUUUCCGAUUUGCUUCUGAGAACGACCUCCCGGAGUGGAAGGAGCGCGGCACGGGUGACGUGAAGCUCCUGAAGCACAAGGAGAAGGGGACCAUCCGCUUGCUCAUGAGGAGGGACAAGACCCUCAAGAUCUGCGCCAACCACUACAUCACACCGAUGAUGGAGCUGAAGCCCAACGCAGGCAGUGACCGCGCCUGGGUGUGGAACACCCAUGCUGACUUUGCCGACGAGUGCCCGAAGCCGGAGCUGCUUGCCAUUCGUUUCCUCAAUGCUGAGAAUGCACAGAAGUUCAAAACAAAGUUUGAGGAGUGCAGGAAAGAGAUGGAGGAGCUGGGUGAGAAAGGAUCCAGCAAGAACGACACCACCGAGAACGUGGCUGAGAAGUUGCAGGCCCUCUCGGUGAAGGAGGAGAGUGGGCAGCCGGCAGGGCAGGCCCAGGAGGCCGCAGCGGAGCCCGCCACAGAGCAGCAAUGAGCCACCACCCCGUUUCCUCAUUCUUUUCUUCUCCUUCUGCCUUUUUUUCUUUAUUUUAUUUUUUUUAAAAAAACCCUGGGCGCCCCUCCCAUUCUUUUCUGUUUUAUUUUUGUUUUUGCAAGGGACUUUAUAUAAAGAACUGAAUUUAAAAUUCUGUCCAUUCCCCAGUCAUGAAAAUGUACUGUGCUAACUUUUCUUUUUCCAUAGUGGAAACACUUAUUUAUAGGCAUCAAAGAUAGCAAAUAAAAACACAUUUGAAACCUG